UGCUCUCGUGGCCGAUAUGGUCUUUGUUCAACAAUCUGCCGGCCGUAUUCUUCGUGCUAUAUUUGAGAUCUGCCUGAAGAGAGGGUGGGCAGUACCAGCACGUGCAUGUCUUGACCUAUGUGGGGCUCCAUGACACCGCUUCGCCAAUUCAAGGGUGUUCCACAGGAGGUCAUCCGAAAAGCAGAGGGUAAACAAUUCCCAUGGUAUCGCUACUUCGAUCUCGACCCUCCUGAAAUUGGUGAGCUCAUCGGCAUUCCAAACGCCGGCAGGCUCGUACACCGAUUGGUACACAGCUUCCCCAAGCUGCAGCUGCAAGCACAAGUGCAGCCCAUCACCCGCUCCCUUCUUCGUAUCGACUUGUCUAUUGUUCCUGACUUCCGAUGGGACGAGAAGACCCAUGGAACAGCUGAGACAUUCCUCAUCAUGGUUGAAGACGUCGAUGGAGAGAUUGUUCUUUUUCACGACUCAUUUGUCUUGCGCCAGCGCUAUGCAGAGGAUGAACAUAACGUCACUAUCACGGUUCCGAUGUUUGAGCCCGUUCCCCCGAACUACUACAUAUCCGUUGUCUCCGACCGAUGGUUGCACGCCGAGACCAGACUACCCAUAUCCUUCAAACACUUAAUUCUUCCAGAGAAGUUCCCACCUCCUACCCCUCUUCUCGAACUCCAGCCACUCCCGCUAUCUGCCCUACACAACAAGGAAUUCGAGAGCAUCUACUCAUCCACCAUUCAGACAUUCAACAAGAUACAGACGCAGGUCUUCCAGGCUCUCUACACAUCUGAUGAGAAUGUCUUUAUUGGCGCACCUACUGGAAGCGGCAAGACUAUCUGUGCUGAAUUUGCUCUGCUCCGCCUUUGGAGCAAACGCGAGCAGCCCAGGGCGGUCUGUAUUGAACCCUACCAGGAGAUGGUCGACCAGCGUGUCGCAGAGUGGCGUCGGAAGUUUAGCGGCCUGCAAGGCGGCAAAGAGAUAGUAAGCCUUACAGGAGACACCAGUGCUGAUCUUCGACUUCUUGAGAAGGGGGAUGUUAUUGUUUGCACCCCAUCCCAAUGGGAUAUCCUAUCUCGAAGGUGGCGACAGCGCAAGAAUGUGCAGAACAUUGGUCUACUGAUUGCUGAUGAAAUCCAACUAGUAGGUGGAGAAGUCGGUCCGACGUACGAAGUGGUGAUAUCUAGGACCCGCUACGUCUCUGCGCAAACGGAGGUCAAGACUCGCAUCGUCGCCUGUGGUGUCUCGCUCGCUAAUGCCAGAGAUCUUGGUGAAUGGAUGGGCGCACCAUCACAUGCAAUUUUCAACUUCUCACCUAGCUCGAGACCGCUGGAUAUGGAUAUCCAUCUCCAAAGCUUUACUAUCCCUCACUUCCCUUCGUUGAUGAUUGCCAUGUCUAAGCCCGCUUAUCUAUCUAUCAUUGAGCAUUCACCCACCAAACCCGUCAUCAUAUUCGUUCCAUCAAGACGCCAGUGCCGGCUAACGGUUGACGACUUGUUAAUACACUGCGGAGCAGAUAGUAACCCUGAUCGCUUCUUGAAUAUAGAAGAAGCUGACUUGCAGCCCCACCUCGACCACAUCAGUGAAAAAGGUCUUGUUGAAUGCCUGAAACAUGGCAUUGGGUAUUAUCACGAGGCGCUCGAUAAGCAAGACAAGCGCAUUGUCGAACGCUUGUUCCAGUCUGGAGCAAUCCAGGUUUUGGUGGCAUCUAAGGACACUGCAUGGAGUCUACCCGUCGCAAGCUAUAUGGUGAUCAUAAUGGGCGUGCAAUACUACGAGGGCAAAGAACAUCGAUAUGUUGACUACCCAGUCAUGGACGUCCUACAGAUGAUAGGUCGUGCUUGUAGGCCGAUGGAAGAUGAUCGCAGCCGAUGUGUCCUCAUGUGCCAGCAGACGCGCAAGGACUUUUACAAGAAGUUCCUUGCAGAGGGUCUGCCCAUCGAGUCCCACCUACCUACCCAUCUAUUGCACGACUAUUUCCUCGCAGAAAUCGCUGUCAAGACGAUUGAAAACAAGCAAGAUGCGAUGGAUAUCUUGACAUGGACGUACUUCUACCGCAGGAUGACUCAAAACCCCAACUACUACAAUCUCCACAAUGUCAGCCAUCAGCAUUUGUCAGAUCACCUGUCGGAACUCGUGGAGAAUACCUUGCAAGACCUGGUGAACUCGAAGUGCAUUUCGAUCGAAGAUGAGAUGGACGUUUCGGCACUGAACCUCGGGAUGAUAGCGGCGUACUAUAAUAUCUCAUACGUCACUGUGGAGGUGUACACGCUGUCGCUGAAGGAACGGACGAAACUCAAAGGUCUUCUGGAAGUUGUUUCCUCUUCCGCGGAGUUCGAGUCGAUUCCUAUCAGGCGUCACGAAGACAACAUACUUCGCCGCAUCUACGACCGUGUUCCCGUCAAGCUCGAUCGUGCGGAUUUCGAAGCCCCUCACUUCAAGACCUUCCUUCUGCUUCAAGCUCAUUUCUCUCGUAUCCAGCUGCCACCAGAUUUGGCGGCGGACCAGGUUCUAGUUCUGGAGAAGGUUUUGAACCUGCUAUCGGCAUGUGUGGAUGUUAUGUCUUCGAAUGCAUGGCUGAAUGCCCUGGGAGCAAUGGAUUUGUCGCAGAUGUGUGUACAGGCGAUGUGGGAGACUGAUUCGCCCCUCAAGCAAAUCCCCCACUUUGAGCCAGAGAUCAUCAAACGUUGCAAGGAUGCUGGCAUUGAGUCUGUUUACGACGUCAUGGAGAUGGAUGAUGAUAAACGCAACGAACUUUUGCAAAUGGAUGGUCGUCAAAUGCGCGAUGUAGCGACAUUUGUCAACUCAUACCCGACCCUCGACGUGUCCUUCCAACUUGAGAAGGGAGAAUAUACUGCUGGUGCACCCAUCACCAUGCAGGUUUCUCUUGCCCGUGACGCAGAUGAGGAGGAUUCUGAUGACCAGACUGUCGUCGCACCUUUCUACCCGACGAAAAAGAUAGCAAACUGGUGGCUCGUAGUCGGGGAGCCGAGCACAAAGCAGCUACUAUCAAUCAAGCGCGUCACCGUCACCAAGAAUCUCUCGGUGAAAUUGGAGUUCACGCUGCCAAAAGGCAACCACGCCUUAAAACUCUAUGUCAUCUGCGACGCGUACUUUGGCGCAGAUCACGAUCUCAAUGUGGAACCUAUUGAUGUUGCUGAGGGCGAGGACAGCGACAGCGAUGAUGAGAGCGGAGAUGAGAUGGAGGAGUAGUUGGUAUGCUCAUGUAAGAUCUCGAUGUAUCUCUACCGUCUUUGUCGCACAGCUUUCUUUGCCGAUUGUUAAUUGUAUGAUUUAUCUAUUAAUAUUUGUCUGG